CCAUGACGUCAGCCUCUCCGGAGCCCAGCCCUAGCCGCUGCUGGGGCUGGAUCCCGGCAGCCAUGUUCUCCCUGCCGUCCCUCCCCUCCUGGCUCCCUGGCCUCUCCUCCCUCGAGUGGGGCUCCAGCCUCCUCGACUCCCUCCUUCAAGGCCUCAUCGGGGCCUUCGGAGUCUCCGUCCUCAACAGCCUCCUGAAGGUUUACUUCUUCGUGAGCUGUGCCAACAACCCCGAGCGGCGGCUGGAGAAGGAGCGGCUUCGGGCCCGGUGGGCCUUGCUGGAGACCGCGCACCUGGCAGGCCUAGCCCUGAUCCUGACGGCCGUGGGGACCCGGGUGGCCGCCCUGGUGGUGCUGGAGUUCUCCCUCCGGGCCGUCUCCACGCUGCUCUCCCUGGGCAAGGGCGCCCGGGGCACUGAGAGGCUGCAGCUGUACCUGCUGUGCCAGUUCUCCCUGGGCUGCGGGCUGACCUGUGGCCUGAGCUUCCUGCAGGAGGACGCCCCUCACCGCACGCUGAAUCUGCUGCUGGGCCUCGGGCUGGCCGCACUGCUCAGCAGGGUCGCCCGGCGCCUCUGCCGCCACGUCUGCCACCUGUACGAGCUGCAUAGCAGCCAGGACUACUGUGGGGUCUGCCUGGGCCUGCUGGCCGGCGCACGUGGCCUCCCCAAGCUGCUGGGCCGCGCCCUGGCCAUGGCCUUCGCUGUGGGCAACCUGGCGGCCGUGGCCCUUAUCAAUCGGGACUUCCUGACCACCUCAGAGGCUGUGCGCUUCUGGACACCGCUCACCAUCUGCUACACCCUGCUGGUCAUCUACAUGCAGGAGGAACAGCGGCUGAGCCCUGGCCUGCAGAGCCAGGUCCAGACGGUGCUGGUGCGCAUGGGCGGCCUCUUCGUGCUGCUGCUGACCGUGGGCCGCUGGCUGGACCUCCUGGGCGUCCUCAUCUCCCUGCUGGGCGAGCUCUGGUGCCUAAUGGGUGUCCGCACUCUGCUCGACCUUUGCCAGAUACAGGACUUUCCAUCCCAGAGGCUUUCAGUGUCAGCUCCGAGCCAGCCCCAGCCCUCGGCACCUGCCCAGCCCCAGGGGACGGCCCCCUCCUGACCUGUCUCGGCAAGGACUCAGAGUCUAUCUCAGGCCGACCGAGGCUCACCUGGAGGCCUUUAACCCAGCAUGCUGCCUGGAGGCAGAGUGGCAGGGUUGGCCCCCACCUAGAACUUGAGGCGGGCACUGGAGACCCCCCAUGAUGGAGGGAAGGGUUGGCCCUCAGAAGUGGGGGCACCUGGAAGCCCUUUGGGUGAUUCUUCUUUUUCUCAGGGUGGGCAGUGGACACACAGCCCUCUCAGACCUGCCUUGGCGGGGAGGUGGAGAUGGGGGAGAAAGGUGUCCUCAGAAUGCCCCCUGCCAUACUGGCCUCCCUUGCCCUCUCCACGAACAAUAAAGAUGGUUUUCUCAGCC